AUGCCGUUUACCCGAGGAAAGAAGCCCGCGGCGUCUGCAGCGACCAGACUGCCCAAACUCAGAACUGACCACUACCAGGAGGAUGCAGCGCAGGUCAAGAGGACUUCAUCGCCCCCUACUGGAGCCCCCAAGAAGAGAACGGCCUUUAUCGACAUCACCAAUCCGUCGUCAGGAGCUAGUGUCUUUGCAGAGCAGUUGUCAGGAGCCAGUGUCUCUGCAGAGCAGUCGUCAGGAGCCAGUGUCUCUGUAGAGCCGUCGUCAGGAGCUUGUGUCUCUGCAGAGCCGUCGUCAGGAGCUAGUGUCUCUGCAGAGCAGUCGUCAGGAGCCAGUGUCUCUGCAGAGCCGUCGUCAGGAGCUUGUGUCUCUGCAGAGCCGUCGUCAGGAGCUAGUGUCUCUGCAGAGCCGUCGUCAGGAGCUAGUGUCUCUGCAGAGCCGUCGUCAGGAGCUAGUGUCUCUGCAGAGCCGUCGUCGGGAGCUAGUGUCUCUGUAGAGCCGUCGUCAGGAGCUAGUGUCUCUGUAGAGCCGUCGUCAGGAGCUAGUGUCUCUGUAGAGCCGUCGUCAGGAGCCAGUGUCUCUGCAGAGCCGUCGUCGGGAGCCAGUGUCUCUGUAGAGCAGUCGUCAGGAGCUAGUGUCUCUGCAGAGCCGUCGUCAGGAGCUAGUGUCUCUGCAGAGCCGUCGUCAGGAGCUAGUGUCUCUGCAGAGCCGUCGUCAGGAGCUAGUGUCUCUGUAGAGCCGUCGUCAGGAGCUUGUGUCUCUGUAGAGCAGUCGUCAGGAGCUUGUGUCUCUGUAGAGCAGUCGUCAGGAGCUAGUGUCUCUGUAGAGCAGUCGUCAGGAGCUAGCGCUCUCUGCAGAGCAGUGGAGCUAGCGUCUCUGAGCAGUCGUCAGGAGCUAGCGUCUCUGCAGAGCAGUCGUCAGGAGCUAGCGUCUCUGCAGAGCAGUCGUCAGGAGCUAGCGUCUCUGCAGAGCAGUCGUCAGGAGCUAGCGUCUCUGCAGAGCAGUCUCAGAGCAGUCGUCUGCAGAGCAUCGUCAGGAGCUAGCGUCUCUGCAGAGCAGUCGUCAGGAGCUAGCGUCUCUGCAGAGCAGUCGUCAGGAGCUAGCGUCUCUGCAGAGCAGUCGUCAGGAGCUAGCGUCUCUGCAGAGCAGUCGUCAGGAGCUAGCGUCUCUGCAGAGCAGUCGUCAGGAGCUAGCGUCUCUGCAGAGCAGUCGUCAGGAGCUAGCGUCUCUGCAGAGCAGUCGUCAGGAGCUAGCGUCUCUGCAGAGCAGUCGUCAGGAGCUAGCGUCUCUGCAGAGCAGUCGUCAGGAGCUAGCGUCUCUGCAGAGCAGUCGUCAGGAGCUAGCGUCUCUGCAGAGCAGUCGUCAGGAGCUAGCGUCUCUGCAGAGCAGUCGUCAGGAGCUAGCGUCUCUGCAGAGCAGUCGUCAGGAGCUAGCGUCUCUGCAGAGCAGUCGUCAGGAGCUAGUGUCUCUGUAGAGCCGUCGUCAGGAGCUAGUGUCUCUGUAGAGCCGUCGUCAGGAGCUAGUGUCUCUGUAGAGCCGUCGUCAGGAGCUAGUGUCUCUGUAGAGCCGUCGUCAGGAGCUAGUGUCUCUGUAGAGCAGUCGUCAGGAGCUAGUGUCUCUGUAGAGCAGUCGUCAGGAGCUAGUGUCUCUGUAGAGCAGUCGUCAGGAGCUAGUGCUCAUAAAGUGGGGCUCAGUUUUCCCGGGAGCAAAAAAGACGUAACAAAGAAAACGGUGAAGAAGAGUUCGGCCUCCGUCAGCAGCAGGAACCAGCAGAACCUCCUCAAGUCGUCCUCCGUGAGCUCCGAGUCAGAGGCUGAGAAGACAGAAGCCAGACAGGAAGUGGUGGAGGUCAAGCAGGAAGUGGUGGAGGUCAAGCAGGAAGUGGUGGAGGUCAAGCAGGAAGUGGCAGACGUCAAAGAGGAAGUAUCAGAUGCGUUGGUUCCGGUCAAACAGCCGCAAACCGACGAGGCGCCCCCUAGUGUCAGAGAAGUGCCAGUAUAUCUGCAGCGACCAGAGAUUCCUGCAGAGUUCGACAUCGACUCUGAGAAUCGCGAGGACUGCGUCAUGAGCCCAGAGUACGCCUGGAACAUCUUUGACUACCUCAAGCAGAGAGAGGAGAAGUUUGUCCUUCCAGACUACAUGAACAAACAGCCCAGUCUGAACACAGAGAUGCGGGCCAUCCUGAUCGACUGGCUCGUGGAGGUGCAGGAGAACUUCGAGCUCUUCCAUGAGACCUUGUACCUGGCAGUGAAGGUGACGGACCACUUCCUGUCCCAGACCCACGUCCACAAAGAGAUGCUGCAGCUGGUGGGCUCCACCUCCAUGCUCAUCGCCUCCAAGUUUGAGGAGCGCAGUCCUCCGUGCCUGGACGACUUCCUGUACAUCUGUGACGACGCCUACAAGAGGGAGGAGCUCAUCGCCAUGGAGACUCACAUCCUGCAAACGUUGAGAUUCGACAUCAACAUCCCCAUCGCCUACCGCUUCCUGCGCCGCUACGCCAAGUGUGUGAAUGCGUCCAUGGAGCUGCUGACUCUGGCCCGGUUCUUCUGUGAGCUGAGUCUGCUGGAGAUGGAUCUGGUGGUGGAGCGAGGGUCUGUGAUGGCGUCUGCGUGUCUGCUGCUGGCUCUGCUCACCAAAGACCUGGGAGGAUGGACCCCGUGUCUGCAGUUCCACUCUGGGUACUCCCCUUCAGACCUGAGGCCUGUGGUCCAGAAGCUGCACCGAGCUCUGAGCGCCGAGCCCGACGACAAGCUGAAGGCCAUCCGCAACAAGUACUCUCACAAAGUGUUCUUCGAAGUCGCCAAGACGCCCGUGAUCGACGCAGAAACGCUGGAAAAGUGGUGGAAGUCUGAGAACCAGGAGGAGCCGAUCUUGUCCUGA